AUGUAUGAGAUCAGGGCGAGGGCCAUCAGUAGGCGAUGCAGGAACUCCCUCCUCGCUCGCGGCACAAUCCGAAACAGAGCAACGGCGCUACGCAGCACCCAAGGGGAUAAGGAGCCCGCCGACCUCUACGAGGGGCUUCGCGAGAGGAUCGUCAGCAAGUAUCUCGACGAAUUCCCGGCUUACUCUGCAGAGAACGAUGCAGAACUUUUGAAUACUCGUGCACUGGAAGCGAUCAAGAGGGCUGAAGAGAGCUUCUCUCAAAAUCUCUCUGAAGACAGCGAUGAUGUGAGCUCGGAGUCGAGCUCAGACGAAAGAACAUUUGCAUUCUUCACGAACCCAAAGACGCAGCAGGCAGCGGCGGACUACGUGUGGGACAGGGAGAUCAAGCGACUGGUCAGCAAAGAGAAGUCAGCUGACGACAAAGGGAAGCUCGUCAUGACAUUAGCCAACAUCUUCAUUUUUACUCCGAUUGCAUGGGGUUUCAUUUCUCAAGUGCCGACCCGCGAGAUCAACGAGGUCUACCAGUACGUGAAAGGGAUACUCACGGAAUUCUUCAAUCAAAAUCAGUUCUAG